GGCCGGGGCUGCCCUGGCCCGGAGUCCCGCCUGCGGAGCCGGCGCGGCCAUGGCCAAGGCCAAGAUGCCCAGUUCCGCCCGCGCCCCGAGCGCCCACGCCGCUGCCAAGGCCGCGCGUGUCGGGAACUCCACGCAGAAGAGAGGCAAGAAGAGCAGACCGGCGAAGGGAGCGGGCGGGAGGCCGGCGGGCGGCUCCGGGGCUGCGGCCGUGCGGCCUCCCACGACCCCGGAGGACUUUUCCCAGAACUGGAAGGCGCUGCAGGAGCUGCUGAGACAGAAGCUGCAGGCCCCAGAAAAGCCUCUUGUUCCCCAAGUGAGGGACAAAAAGCAGCCCGACCUGACCCAGCGAGGCAGAGCCAGGGGAGACGGGACGCCAGUGGAGGACAGGCCCACGGUCACCCGGAACUCUGUCCCCUCAGGCCCCGGGAGGCACCAGAAGGGGCCACUGCCCCCCACGGGGCCCCGGCGGGCCAGCAGGACGGGUGGGGACGUUUCUGCGCAACGCAAGGACGCGAGAGACCGGAAGCAGAAAGCUGAGGCGGCGGCCCCGGUCCCGCCCACAGAGGAAGACAUCUGGUUCGACGACGUUGACCCGGAGGACAUCGAAGCCGCCAUGGGCCCUGAGGCAGCCCGGAUAGCAAGAAGCCGACUGGGGCUGAAGGAGAGCAGUGUGAGCCUGGUUAAAGAGCAGGCCUUCGGCGGGCUGACGAGAGCCCUGGCCCUGGACUGUGAGAUGGUGGGAGUGGGCCCCCAAGGCGAGGAGAGCGUCGCCGCCCGCGUGUCCAUCGUCAACCGCUAUGGCAAGUGCGUGUAUGACAAGUUCAUCAAGCCUGCUGAGCCGGUGACCGACUACAGGACGGAAGUCAGUGGCGUGCGGCCCGAGGACCUCAGAAAUGGCGAGGAGCUGGGGGUUGUGCAAAAGGAGGUGGCUGCGAUGCUGCAGGGCAGGAUCCUGGUCGGGCAUGCGCUGCACAACGACCUGAAGGUACUGUUCCUUGACCACCCAAAAAAGAAGAUCCGAGACACACAGAAGUACAAGCCCUUCAAGAGGCAAGUGAAGAGCCUGCGGCCCUCCCUGAAGUUGUUGGCGGAAAGGAUCCUGGGGCUCCGGGUCCAGCAGGCAGAGCACUGUUCGAUUCAGGACGCUCAGGCAGCCAUGAGGCUGUACGUCUCGGUGAGGAAGGAAUGGGAGAGCCAUGCCAGAGAACGGGGCGCACGGGGGUACACCCCUGGGAAGUGCAGCAAUGACACCUAACGCUGUGGGCACCCUGCCUCACGUGGUGGGGCCAGGGCGUUGCUGGGCACGGCCCUCCUCAAAGAGGCGCCUCUGCCAGGAGAUGAAAUGUGAGGGAACUGACUGGAGACUUCAGUUAAACCUGAGAUGGAGCUGGCCAGCUGUGGGGUGGACUGGCUGCGGACAUGAGAGGCACUCAGAGGGCUCACCCUUCCUGCUGCUGGCACUGUGGCCAGUGCUGCUCGCGCUGACGACAUGCUGACUUUGGCCCGUGGGCAGCUGUAUCAUUGCAAAUAAAGCCAGAGGUUUGGAGCCAGCAGAGGAGUCCUCACCCCAGCACAGAAAGCUCUGGAAGGGCCUCCAAGGCCAGAAUGCUGCCCCCUGGUCUGGUCACAUGAAGUCGCCGCCAGUGGACACUGCCCAUGUCCAGAGAUGACCAGCCGUGGAGGAGCAGACCGUGGGAUUUAUUCGUCACCAGAAGAUGGCACACAGGGCCCUAGGUGGCCCUGAACCCCACCACCAUGCCCACACCCAGGAAAGGGCCAGCUCUGACUGUGCCAAGGCUCGGAGGAAGGGCUGGCCCUCAGGGCUGAGGGAGAAGGCACCCAGGGAGGUUGGGGGUCUGGGGCGCAGCGGGGAGCUCUGCUUUGUCGGGGCUGGGCAGUGCAGAAGCCUCCAGCCUGCUGAGGACUGCAUUGGCGUAGGAGACCAGCUCCUGCAGAUGAAGGGUGGGUUGCUGGUUCUCAGGGCUGGGGUCCCUCAGCCCCCCUGGGGGCUCCCUGUCGGCCGCCACUCACCAGGCUGGAUGAGAAGCGCCCCCGGACCUCGUGCACCAGCUCCUGGAUGCCCGUGGACACCAGCUCCGGCAGGAUCUCCUCUGGGGGCGGGGGCUUUGAGACCAGGCCAUGCCCACACCCCUCGCCAGGCUCACCCAGGGGCCCCGGGGGAGGGUCUCACUGUAGCGGGCCAGGCAUGCCAGGAGCAUGCACACGUUCUCCACCACCUCGGGGUCGUCCCUGUGCAGCUGGUAGAUGUCUUUGAGCAGCAUGAGGCCGCUGCGGUCCUCCUCUACCACCGCCACCCGGAAGGCCGCCAGCUCUGCAGGGGAGGGUUCCUGUCCUGGGACUGCUGCUCGUGCGGGGCAGCAGGGGACCUGGCUCCUGGAGGGUCCUCCCGGGUGUGGCCUGCUAAAGGUCCCCAUUCCCACACUGAGGCGUGUCCCAGCCCCCUCUUCCAGGAGUUGGAGGCGUGUGCUGAGAGCACUGGCACCCAGCAGGAGAGGAGCCAGGGCCCCCUUUGCUCCAAUUCUGCUGCUGCUGCCCUCUGACUCCAGCCUGGGACCAAGGUGUCCCUCUUGAGUGGGCAACCCUGCGUGUGAGUUACUGUCUGGCCAAGCCAGCCUCACCU